AUGAGCAUCACAUCCGAGACCAUCUUCUUUGGUGAUGCUCAGAGGAGUACGACCAAGGCUUCGCAAGUCAAGGUGAUUCAUACACCGCGUAAGUCGUCGGUUCCCGCGCCAAGGUCACAUGAUGUCCUCUCUCCUCGUCUCGUCCUGGAUCUUGGAAGACGCUUCACGUUCCGACCAUUCGCAGGGCUGCUGAGGUCUCUUGACCAGUUGUAGUCUGGGGUACAUUCAUCAGCUCAGCUAAUUGGGCAAAACCUGCUCGACUCGGUGUUCCACCUUCUUUGGCAUUGCCCGCGGGCCCCGCAAGGCACGGCAUCGCAAGACUGACCCGCCCUCAAUACGGGCUUCCUCAUGAAUGAGCAGACGAUCUCACGACGUGCGAACCGGGGCAACUCCUUCAACGCUGGGAUUUCAUCAGCCGCUACAAUGAUGAUUGUCUCCCCCUCUCCAUGACCGAUCCGCUUCGACAUCGAUCCGAUCCCCUAUCCGACGACGUCGUCGAUCUGCUCGAUCUGAAACCCGGCCAAGACGGGUUGAAAGCCGUCGAAGAAUAUUUCCAGCGCGAAGGCAAGGCCGUUUCGGCUGAAGACGAGAAGAUUCCAGAACCGAUCCGCAAAUUUUGGCAAGAGGUACAUCGGAGACCUCCGAAUUCGAUCUCGGGAUUCGUAGAGGGGGAAACGGAGGACAAUCCGCGCCAGCUUGUGGAGGCGAUGAAGAAUCAUGAUCGAAUCGGGAAGGGGAGAAUUCCGAGUUUGGCGGAGGGGCAAGCGGUGUUUUGGAGGUAUUCUGCCCCCAUCUUUGUCGCUUUGAUGCAUUUCACCUUGGCUGGUGAGUAGGUUGUGGCUUUACUCCGAGGGGCGACGCCCGAAGCUGACGAUCGCUUGCCCUGUCGUGCUGCUUGUUCGAAUAGGAGGCUUUUCGGCGCCACACUUGUCCGCGACGAUGAAAGAGACGAACUACCUGACGUCGAAAUCGAGGGACGCGAGCUACAGGAGGUUAGUGGAGACCUCUUUGAUGGUUUUGGACUGCAUGUCGGACAUGACGAUCGACCAAGGUAUAGGGUGGAAGUCGGCGAUACGUGUGCGCUUGCUCCACGCCCAGGUCCGACGACGCAUUCGACUCGGCCAAGGACGUUUGAAUGCGUAUUCUGUAGAAGAGCACGGCAUUCCCAUCAAUCAAUACGACCUGGCGAUCGUCCUGGGUGGGUUCAUGAUUGCCCCGCUCUGGUCGUUGAGGCGUGUGGGUCUUCACUUGACUCCUUUCGAAUCGGCGGCAUACGUUCGGGCGUGGACUCAUGUGGGCUUCUACCUCGGAAUCGGUGAGUUCGUCGGUUCAUUCAUGUGUCCCCAUUUGAUCGAGGUGCAAUGGAGGCGGCACUGACGAUUAACAGCAUGGGAUGUCUUACGCAGAUGAUUCUCUCCUCGAGCGCAUGUACGGUCGCACCUAUGCGACGGCAGAAACUUCGUUCGCUUGGCUCGCUUUCCCUGCCUUCCCGUCCGAGGUCCCCGAAGACGGCUACUCGACUCCGGCCCACCGAAUCCUGUCCGCCGUGUCGGGCCGUCCACCAGCUGCACGUCCCGUAGGGCAUCACCGUGAACUAUCGCGAAUGCUACUCGGUACCCGAUUGGCGGACCAACUUGCUCUCCCUAGAGGAACCAGAACAGACUGGUUCACGAGCCGCUAUGAAACCUCUUUAUCAACGGCGUUCAUCCUCUUUGGUCGGUAUUGGCCCCGUAAACAGUGGGAAGAAGAGCGACAAGCGUGGUUCGGGGAGGUGAUGUACCUCAUCACGCUGUACCACUUGGGUGAGAAGAGGACGACGUUCGCUUGGAGGGAAGAAGGGAGGCAUGAGCACAAACUCGGGGAAGGGGAAGGGGAGGAGGCGGGGAUGAGUCUGGGCCCCGCAGUAUGGAGGGAGACUAGAAGGAGGUGGAUUCGGUUGGUGGGUGAGAUGGUCGGAGGGACGGUGCUGGUUUUGGGGACGGUGCUGGUCGGAGGUUGGAAGGUGUGGUCAAGGACUCUUUCAUAA